CCCGCACUUGGAUUUAUCCUGGUUUCCGAUCCUGACCGAUAAUAAUCAUCGAAGAGGAAGAAACAGACGGUUCUGCUGAUACCCGCACAGACAGCCCGCAUCACCCACAUACGUAGGUACCCAAGCAAGCUGAAAAUCCUGAUGUCGUUAUUUACGAGCUCCAUCGAUGCUUCCCCGCGGACCUUGUCUGCACUAGCGCUGAUGCUGGUCGUGAUGCUGUUGGGACCGGAUCUUACCCCAGUUCACGGCCUUCGGUGCUAUUCCUGCAGUGUGACGGCCAAUUCCGGCGACAAACGAUGCAUCAGCGAUCCGAGCAGCGUCGAGGGCCAAAGUGUCGUCAAUUGCAAUCGAAAGUACUGCACCAUCCAGCGACAGGAAAUGAUGGAUCCGCCCGAUAAGGUUAGCACGUUUUUACGAGGCUGCGAGGAGAGUCCAUUGUUCCUCAACGACGUAAUCGAGGACUCCACCUUCCGGACCUACUACCGCUCGUGUACAACAGAUUUGUGCAAUUCCGGAGACGGACUGCAAACCGCCAGUGGACUUUCUGGUUUGGACGCUGGAGCUUCGGAGAAUUUGCUCGUACCAGGCCUGAUAGGCUCGGCUCCCAUCACCAUCAUCAUGAGCAGUGGCCGUUUGCUGGUGCUGUCGUUGUUUGUUUCAAUAAUGGCAGUGAUUCGCGGAACGGUGAUUGCAUAAUCAACGGACGUAAAAAAUAAGGCGGAUGCUCAUAAAAUAUAUGAUAUUAGGCUGAGAAGAACCGGAUAUUAAAAUUCUGAACCAAUCUGGAAAAUUA